UUAUCUAGGUCAAAGGUGAUCAACAGCUGACGGACCGAUCGCCGACUAGACUGAGUAACGAAACUGCGGUUUUGGCCGUGAAAGAAGAGGCAGAUUGUCCACAUUUUUCAGCACCAUGUUCUCACUAGUGUGUCGGAGGUUCGGCGCCAUUUCUCGAAACUCACAUAGGGUUUUGCCAGCAGCUGCCAGACGUCAGUACACCAAUGAACAAACUGAAGCAUCCUUCUCGGUUUUGGACUACAAACUUCACAAGCUUGAGUCUGGUCCCUCAGCUAAUGUGACCGUUACCAGAGACGAUGCACUGAAGUUGUACAGACAGAUGCAGGUUAUCAGACGGAUGGAGACGGCCGCUGGCAACCUGUAUAAAUCGAAGGCAGUCCGGGGAUUCUGUCAUCUCUACUCUGGCCAGGAAGCAUGUGCUGUUGGCAUCAAGGCAGCUAUGAGGGAAGGCGAUGCGUUGAUUACAGCCUACAGAGCCCACGGCUGGGCACACCUAAUGGGACUGUCGGUAGCCGAAAUACUCACUGAGUUAACAGGUCGCCGGACAGGGUGUGCCAAGGGUAAAGGAGGCUCAAUGCACAUGUACACAAAGAACUUCUACGGGGGAAACGGUAUUGUUGGAGCCCAGGUUCCCCUUGGAGCAGGCGUAGCCACCGCCCUGAAGUACUCCGGCUCUGACAACCUCUGUGUCGCGCUGUACGGCGACGGCGCGGCCAACCAGGGUCAGAUCUUUGAAGCCUACAACAUUGCCAAACUCUGGGAACUGCCUUGCGUGUUUGUCUGCGAGAAUAACAAGUACGGUAUGGGCACAGCGGUGGAGAGAGCAUCCGCUUCGACUGACUACUACGCACGCGGGGAUUACGUGCCCGGAAUCUGGGUUGAUGGAAUGGACGUUCUCGCGGUCAGAGAGGCCACACAAUUUGCAGCCGACUACUGCAGAUCGGGCAAGGGACCCCUGGUGAUGGAGGUCGAGACCUACCGCUACAGCGGCCACAGCAUGAGUGAUCCGGGUACCAGCUAUCGUACCAGGGAUGAGGUGCAGGAGAUCAGGCAACAGAGGGACCCCAUCACCAACUUCCGAGAUCGGAUGACGACUAGCGGGCUGGCCACUGCCCAGGAACUCAAGGAAGUGGACCUAGGCGUGAGAGCAGAAAUCGACGAGGGCGUCGAAAGAGCCAAGAACGAAGCGGAGUUGCCGGCGUCGGAGGCCUUCACCGACAUCUACAGCAACACGGCUCCCUUCAUGGUCAGAGGGUGCGAUCCCUUCACGACCCACCCAUCACACACUCACUAAGCACCGGUGUCGAAGUCGAGUCCAUAACAAGUCCAUCACAAGACCAUCACAAGACCAC